GCUCCAUUCGAUUGAUUGCAAAAACGCCCAAAAUCGCAGAAGACCGCCUCCAGAGGUAAAAUAGGGUUAAGGUUUCUAGAGGUAGUCUUAUGGCGCCAGCUGACGCAGGAGAGCCCGACUAUGAGAGUGAUCCCGAGGAGCUGAAGCGAUCCUUGGCGACGAGGAGGAGAGAAGCGAGCGAUGACGAUGACGAAUACGAGGAUCAAGAGGUUAAAAACCAGAGAGCUGAGGUUGAUUCCGACGAAUCAGAUGAACAGGUGAAGUAUGAUAAUGACGAAAACAAGAGUGAAGAUAGUUAUGAGGACGAAGAAGAAGGAGCAGUCGAUGAUGGCAAGAGGAGUGAUAUGAUGAAGUCAGCAGAAGAAGAUGGAGCAGCUCAUAUUGAUGGAGAGGAAGAAAAGGAGAAGCAAUCGUCUUCAGUGCCUACUGGUGGAGCUUUUUAUAUGCAUGAUGACAGAUUUCAGGAAAUUUCUGCCGGACGAAGCAGGCGAAUGCGUGGUGGAAGGCAAUCUGGAGAUGAAAGAAAAUGGGGACAUGACAAAUUUGAAGAGAUGAAUACUCAGGAGAAACAUUAUGAUCAGAAGACUUCUAGAGGCCGAUUCAGAGGCCGUGGUCGAGGUAGGGGACAAGGGCGUGGAUACGCUAGAGGGAGCAGUUCUAACGCAUCUUCCACCAGUGGACAGCAAAUUUUUGUUCCUAAAACUGUCACACGAGGGGGAGGACUCAGAAGCAAUCAAGCACAUUCCGCGCAGAGCAAACAGUUACGAAAUUCUCAUGAGAAGACCUCUCAUUCGCGGCGUUCACCAACUGCACCUGCUAAAACUGGGAAUGAAAGUGCCCUUACCAAAAAGAAUCUAGUUGCUUCAAGUCUAAGUUCUGCUUCUCCUCCAUUUUAUCCCUCAGUGUCCUCGAGUAACUUGGUUCAGAGUAUACAAGUUGGUAUGGAAAGACUAGACACGAAUGAAAGUGUCGCGCCCUCUGGGAAGAAGUAUAGGAAUACGAGAUCUGAUUUUUCACCAGUUUAUACUGCCCAGACUUUUCAGUCCACGAGUCAAGGUAGAGGUGCACCUGCUGCUGGGAAUGAGUUUUACCCCCAAUCUCACCGUCAAGGUGUCAGAUUUUCAUCACCAAAGCAACUUAAUGGAGAUUCAAAAGGCACUGGCCAAAACGGUAUUAAAGCUUCCGGUCAGGGUGUUGAUCAGCACUCUGCUGUUAUCAGAUCAUUUUCUUCCUCUGCCCAGAAAACUAGCUCAUCAAUUAAUCGGUAUCCUCAAUCUGCGUUGGAAACAGGUGCAUGGAUUGCUAAGGGAAAAGGGACUCUCCAGCCUAGUGAAAGCAGCGCUUUGAUGUACAACGGAUCUCAAGUGAUGGGGCGAGCAGAAAGUCUGCAAUCUGGGGACAAUUCUAAUUUCCCAGCUUUUCUGCCUGUUAUGCAAUUUGGUGGUCAGCAUGGUGGGGUUGCAGCUUUUGGAAUGGCUUUUCCAGGAUACGUCCAGCCUGAAAAUGGUGUUGGAAAUCCGGAGAUGACAUGGAUGCCAGUUUUGACUGGUCCAGGAGCUCUAGGGGCUUCAUACAGUCCACCAUAUGCUGCUAUUGAUGGUUCUUACAAACCACACAAGCCAGAGCUACCUUCCUCUGCAGGAUCGAUCAGCAAAGAGAAUAGUACUAAUAACCUUAAUGACCUGGAGAAACUCGCGGAGAGGCCUGAGGUUACAGAGGGUGGGGUUACAAAACGGCAGAACAACAACCCAAGCAAGCACCCUCGUAGGUACUCGGAGAUGAGCUUUAGCAAGUGAAUACAUUUGUCAGAAACUAAGAAGUGGGGUUAGGGACUCCUUGGCUCAGCGCCUGCGUGCUUCUCCAAGCUUCGUAACAGAGCACUUUAGGCCACAAUUGUUCUUGAAUUUCUUAGUGUGGUUGUUGCUGCAGUUUUAUAAGGGAGGGAACAAUACUACUAGACUACUACUAGCAAAUAGAAAUGAAGUGGAGAGGGUUUGGUGGCUCAUAUAAAUCUAUGGGAAAGUCGUCGUCCCAAGCCUUGGUCAGCAUGUUUGGUGUUUCUUCUUUCCAUUUUUCGUAUGUAAUUUAUUUCUGUUUCUGAUGUAACGUUGAUGACUUCCGUUAUGUGAUCUUGGUUUGGUUGAAUGUGUUUGUUCGAUGUAGAACGUAGUUUCCAAACAGGCUACGAUAUAUUUAUUAAAAAUGGUUAAUGGUUGAGACU